CACCAAUUGUGCAAUACUGGUAGAAUCACAAGAAGAGGGGAGAUUACACACACAUAUAGAGAGAGUGCGUGUAAAGAUGUCAGAUUGGGGACCUGUGUUUGUAGCAGUGGUGCUGUUCAUAUUAUUGACGCCGGGUCUGCUGUUUCAGAUGCCAGGCCGCAACCGUUUCAUUGAGUUUGGCAACUUUCACACCAGUGGGCUAUCCAUACUGGUUCAUUCACUCCUCUACUUUGCUCUCAUCUGCAUCUUCUUGUUAGCUGUUGGGGUCCACAUUUGUGCGUUGGAAGGGAUUGUAAUGGCGGAUUGGGGACCUAUAUUGAUCGGCGUGGUGCUGUUCGUGCUGCUGUCGCCGGGGCUACUGUUUCAGUUGCCAGGAAACAGCAAACAGCUGGAGUUUGGGAGCAUGAAGACCAACGGUAAGUCUAUCGCCGUCCACACUAUGAUCUUCUUCGCCAUCUACGCUAUUCUCAUCCUGGCCGUCCACGUCCACAUCUAUACUGGCUGAAGUACACUACUUCCAUUUUACCCCUUUUUAAUAAUCUCUCUGUCCUAGUCGUUAAUUUUAGUUGCUCUCCUUUUAAUCGGAUAUAUAUGUAUGGUAUAUAUAUCAAAGAUCUACAUUUUUAUUUA